UUACAACUGUUGGUGAAAUACUGUACUGCUAACAAUUAAAAAAAUACCUCUAUAUACUUGUAAUUUUUGAUUUUAAAAUUAAAAUAAUGUCUUCUUACUUUAUUUACGUAAUUUUAAUGAUUACCUGUCAGGGAUACGCGGCGCAUUCACCUUUUCCUGAUUCCGAUAAAUGCGUACCGGUUGAAUUACCGAAGUCGUCGACGAAAAAUAUGAUCAGAAUUUCAAACGGUUAUAAAGGUAUGUGCAUUAGCAAGGACGGCAUCGAGGGUUACAAAUUGUGCAAAGGCACCUGCGACUCCGGUCACAAAAUUAAUGUGGAAACCAAGGAAACCGAGCCGUACUGCAAUUGCUGCCGGAUGGAACAUUCUGAAAAGAUCCCGGUUAGUCUGACCUGUGAUGACAAUGAUGUGAUAACUCAUCACGUGUUUUCGCACGUUCUCUGCUCUUGUCGAAGCUGUAAUGAAAUAAAUUCUGAAGUUUCGCAAUACGACGAAUCUACACCAGAACCGGUCGGUAAAGAGUACUAAGUAAGCAGAGUAAGCAACGCGUAAUAAUAUAUAAAUUAUAAAUAUAACCACCCCCCCCCC